UGAUGAUGAUGAUGAUGAUGAUGAUUUUGCUCCUGACGGAAUCUGUCUUGGUCUCUUAUCAAUCCAACUCCACAGUUCAGUGUGAACUAAUGGGCAAUAGGAAAUCAGUGAGAGUGAGAGCUGGAGAAUCCCUGUAUUUCCCCUGCCCGAAUGCAGUCUGCUAUGAAGACACUGAAGGCACCUCGUACGAUUGGUUGAAAAACCUCAGCAGAACGAAUCAGAUUGAGCGGAUCGGGACGGAGGAGAGUGAGCGUGUGCAUUACCACCAGUCUGCAUUAUACAUACUUUGGUUGACCCCGGACGACACGGGACGCUACAUCACACGCUGGUGGUAUGAAAAGGACAAAUGUGAUGAAUAUGAAACUGAUAUUGUGGUUUAUGAGGAGUUCCACACAGAUCUCUUGUACUUCACCCCGCCAGAAGAAAAGGCGUCAGCAAUCUAUUGUCCAGUGUGUGAAAAACAGCAGGCCGCGUUCAUCUGGUAUAAGAAUUUCUCUCUUAUUCCAAACCAAGAGUCUAAAAAUGUUUUACGUAUCCGUAACUCUUCGAAAGAAAGCAAGGGUAUUUACACCUGCGUUUGCACCUGGGAGCACAACGGGUUAAAACACAACACCUCUGGACAUCGCAGACUGAUCAUUAAAGAUCAGUCCGCCAACAAUCCUCCAGUGUUUCAACUUCCCGUCAACAACUCCAUCGUCAUCACUGAUGUGGGCACAGAACUGAUCCUCGUAUGUUCUGUCGUCUUCGUGUGUGAUGGGUGUCCUGUUCGCUGGGAAAGGAAUGAAACCACACUGAGUGAGGAGGAUGGAUAUAAGCAGGAAAACAGAAUUAAAGAUGGCAGCGUUCAGUUAUUUUUGAAUAUUACUAAAGUUUCUGAGUUGGACCUCCUUUCUGAGUUUCGCUGCACAACUGAAGACUCCUAUAGAGUGAUGUUUGUAUCAAUCACUUUGAAAAGUCGAGCUUCAAUGCUCGCUGUGAUUCUGGCUUGCAUUUGCACAUUUCUUCUCGUCCUGGUGCUAAGCGUAAUAGUGAAGUGGUUUUCAUUGGAUCUGGUGCUGUUUUUAAGGGAAAUUUCCAUCAAGUUCAACAGGAAAGAGGAUGGGAAGCUGUAUGAUGCUUAUGUGAUUUACCAGAGAAACAACUCGGAUGAAACGACAAGCAAAACUGUGAGUGACUUUGUCAAUGGAUCUCUUCUAACAGUGCUGGAGAGCUACUGUGGCUUUAAACUUUUUAUUCACGGCAGAGACGACCUACCUGGGGAAGAUUGCAUGAACCUGAUUGAAACUAAGAUACAGCUUAGUCGGAGGCUUAUCAUCAUUUUAACACCAGGAACAAGUAGCAUAUCUCCUGAAGCUUAUGAUCUGCAAGUGGGGCUCCAUCAGGCUCUGGUACAAGGAGAAACCGGUGUGAUUCUCAUCCAGCUGGGAGAGAUGCAAGACUACACACAUCUGCCUCUCGGACUGCAACAUCUCCUCUGCAAGAAUAAUCCUUUACUGUGGAGAGACGGCCAAUCCUCACCAACCUCGAAGUUCUGGAAGAGAGUGCGAUAUAGGAUGCCUGUUGCCUCAUCCCGUCAGAGGAGUUCGGAAAAAAGAUCACUCGAAUGUCCGAGUUUACCAGUUUAAAUCAAGACAUGCUUUUUAGGUUCAGGAUUCACAAGCAUUUUCUUAAGGAAGAAGU